AUGGACCUGGGGUACUUUGCUCUCACCUUCCCGCCGGGGCUGUGCCUCGGGGCCCCGCAGGCUCCGUACCCACGACGAGGGGACGACGCUUUCCUGGCGCUGGGCACCACGGCCAGCGCCGCGCCCCCGUCGCAGGCGCUGGAGUACGCGGUCUCUCCCCCCGGGGAGCUGGGYCCCGGCUACCGGCCGUCCCGGGGAGCCGGACCGCCGGGCUCGGCUACGUCCAUUCUUCCCGGGAGCGGCCGCCCGCCGCCGCCGGACCCCGACGGUCCUUGUCCCGGCGCUGGCGGCGGGGGGCUGCGGCACCUCUCGCCCUGCCCCGCGGCUGCCCCCGCACCCGGCUCCCCGGGUCCCGCGGCGGCCCCGACGGCGCCCCGCACCUUCGAGUGGAUGACAGCGAAGCGGAGCCCGCCCGGGAGAAGCGGUGCGRCGCCGUGCCGGGGGGAAUCUUCCGCCUGCCCCGCACGCACCAGCUUCAGCACCCGGCAGCUCACGGAGCUGGAGAAGGAGUUUCACUUCAGUCGCUACCUGUCGCGGGCCCGCCGCCUCGAGGUGGCCCGUUCGCUGCGCCUCCGCGACGCCCAGGUGAAGGUCUGGUUCCAAAACCGCCGCAUGAAGCAGAAGAAGCAGGAGMGGGAGGCGCUGGCCGUCCCCGCCGCCGCCCCCGCGGCUGUCCCGGGUGUCCCCGCCUGAGGCUCCGCCGCCCGCACGGAGGGACCGUGGGGACGUCGGGGCUGGGCUGGAAGCUGCAGCCGGCGGGGCCGCGGCGGUGCAGUUCCGCUGCUUUUUYUUUUGCAACUUUAUGUACAGUCUCAUUUAUGAGGAUUCAGGGAAACCCGCCGGCCCGGAGCGCCGCUGCUCGGUGUCGGCCCGGGCCGAGGCAGCUGGGGGUUAGCGGAGAGGGCCGCUCCCCCGGGGUAGGGCAUUGAGCGGCUGCGCCAACUCCCCUGGGUUCGGGGGGCGGUGGGUGCGUGAACGGGCUGCCGCUUGCUCCCGACCUUUUCUUCGUUUUGCAUUGAAAAAGACAGAUCCAUAGGUUCAGGCAGAGUUGGUGCAGAAGGGGAGAAGCCCCGAGAAGCAGAGCAGGGGUGAGCAGGAAAACUUUCUCUUACRGGAAGGGUCAAGGAUGGUCAUGGCAGGAGUCCAAGAUCCUCUUUUGAAAGAAGUGUCCUUGUCUUCUGCCCUACCCUUUGCAAAAUUGCUGCAAGAAAGAGGCUGAUUUGCUUGUAUUUAUUCAUCAUUCAUUCAUUCAUUCAUUCAUUCAUUCAUUCAUUCAUUCAUUCAUUCAUUCAUUCCCAUUCCUUUUCCUGAUGUGGCUGAUAUAGUAAAAAAUAUCUUUUUGACAGAAAAAAAACUGUGAGAAAAAAUUUAAUAACAAAGUCUUCAGAGGAGCACCUCUUCCCUUUCUAACUGCAGAGGUGCUGGGAUUUCCUUUGCAGUGGCUCUGGGCAGCCUAGGACUGGCUGGCAACCACUCUGUUGACUCCCAGCUCCCCUCACAUGUCCCUAGACAAUAUAAACCCUCCUACAGCAUCUGGGGCCAGACUCUCAGUUCAUCUAGCUCUCUCUGUCUUCAUUGURUCUUAUAGUUUAAAAAUUGCUUCAUAUUAAAUCAGUUUGCAACAGAUCUUACCACAUGCAAAACCUGAAGCCSUGUUAAAGCUCAGAAAGUUGCUUGCCUUUGACCAAAGACUAAUGCCAGCAAAUGGAGAAGAGGAUUCCUGGGUCUUUUACUUGGAYACUUGCACAAAAGAGAUUGGCAAUGUUCCCACACAUAAAAUAACGAUAUCAAAGUGGACAAACGAACCGAGUUUUUUCCCUUUGUGACUGGGAAAGCAUAACAGCAAUGUGGAGAGGAAUGACAUCUAGAUUUAUGUGCAGGUGAUGUUAUUUAUUUGUGGAAAGGUCUUCUAUUUUGGACAAGUCUCUUUUUGCCCUGGAUUUCUUCUGCGUGUUGGACUUUGGGGUGAAGAAUCAAUUACAGGGCCAGAGGAGACAGACUUGAAAUGCACUGGGUCCCUGUCUGGAAACCAGUCAUAGACACAAACAGCUGGUUGUCUUUAUUGGAUGCUUGUUGGGUAAAACAAACACAGAGAGAAUAUGAAGUCGAAUGUCUCAAGUCCAAAAGUCUGCAAUGUAGAAGAUUGUUACUCUGUGUAACACUUUCCGUUCUCCCAUCUGCUUCAGGCUUUCUUGCGAAGACUUCUCUCCUGCUGAGAGACUGGGAAACCACUGCUGAUGGAAGCUUCAGCAGAAGUUGGUGGRAGCCCUGCUCCCAAAAGCUGGGCAGGCAAAUUGUGAUGAUGUUGUGGUAAYGGGUCUACAGCUACAUUGGGGCAGGAGCCUCCGUGGCAAGGAGAUGGGUGUUCCCCUCCAGUGAACGUCUGAAGGAAGGGACUUCCCAAGACAAAAAAAGUUUGGUUACAUGUCAUAACCUGACUGUACUGGGAAAGGACAAUAAUGCUAGYGGCUCAUGGUUGUGCAUGCACACAGGCACAUUUUUGUUCUGUAUAUAAUGUCAUGGUUCAUGUCACUUGGGCUGAUUCCCUUCACGGGAUAGCCCUAAAAAUUCCCAGGGCUGAAGUACUUGUGUGAAAUUAGUUGUAACCAAAAUGUGUGGCUUGCAGUUCUUCAUUAAAGUAAUGACACCAAACAAGUGUUAAAACUGCAGGCUGAUUAUUCAUUAAAAAAUAUUCCU